AUGGCAGACCCACAUUUUGGUACUCCGGGAAGCAUUGACCUUCUGCUAGGAGCUGAUGUUUGGGGUCUCAUUUUGAAGGGAGACGCAAUCAAUGGUGGUCCUAAUGAACCAUAUGCCCAACUUACGAGUUUGGGUUGGGUUAUUUUUGGACCCGCAUCGACAUCCUCAAUAAUUAAUUCAGGCUUGCACUCAUAUAGCGCCAACAUUGUAAGCAGCUUUUGGAAGCUCGACGAAGGGUCUGAUGGCGACGAGGUUAUUGAUGAUGAAUGGUGUUACAUGGUGCGCUUACUAAUGCGAGCUGACGCACCACCCCUAGGCGACUCUUAUGGCUGCGCUUUAAGGCAAUUCUAUCGUUUGGAGCGUCGACUCUCCUCCGAUACCCCAUUACGUGACAAAUAUAUCGCUUUCAUGAAGGAGUAUAUCGAGCUAGGGCACAUGGAAGCUCAAGGUACCUACAAUGAUUCCAAUCGUGUAUAUUACAUUCCGAAUCAUGAUGUGCUGGACAAGUUUCGUGUCAUUUUUAAUUCUUCAGCACCAACAUCAAUUGGUGUUUCUCUAAAUGAUAUACAGCGGGUGGGUCCAACCAUUCAGGAUUCGUUGUACGAUAUCCUUUUCCGAUUCCGAAGAUACGCAAUUGUUCUAACCGCUGACGUGGAAAAGAUGUUUCGCCAGGUUUUAGUAGCCCCGGAGGAUCGAGAUCUCCAACGUAUCCUUUGGCGCGAAUCCCCGAACGAGAACGUUAAAAUAUAUCGGCUUGCGAUGGUGACGUAUGGCAUGGCAUGUAGCCCAUACAACGCGGUGCGAGCGUUGCAACAGUGUGCUGUCGAUAAUUCUGGAGUAGUUGCUGACCUUUAUCAAGCCGAAUCGCCGCGUUCUGCCAUUCUUUCUUCAUUUUAUGUGGACGAUUUCCUUACGAGCUGUACUAACGUUGAAGACACAGUCACUUUAGCCAGGAGUGUAUCUAUGAUUUUGUCGAAUGCUUGUUUUAGACUUCGAAAGUGGAAUUCGAAUAGAGGCGCUGUUCUAGCGAAAAUUGGAGAAUCCUCCUCUCUACAUGAAUCCAAUAUCCACCUACCUAUAGCUACCGUGUUAGGGCUGCGUUGGGACCCGGUGAGUGACGAAUUGUUAUUUAAGGUAWCACUGAAGCAGUAUAAUGAAAUGCCGACAAAGCGGCGAGUUCUUAGCGAUGUAGCCCAACUCUAUGACCCCACUGGAUUUUUGGCACCAGUCAUUAUAUCGGGCAAGGUAUUUAUACAGACUCUUUGGUCUAUGGGUAUAUCUUGGGAUACUCCACUACCUAAAGAUCUGUGUCAUAUUUGGUCUAAAUUUCGUAAUGACUUAGGUAUUCUCGAUAAGGUUCGUGCACCUCGAUGGCUUGGUAUGCAUGCAACUAUUCGUACUUCCCUCUAUGGGUUCUGUGAUGCCAGUCAGAAAGCCUAUGCUGCUGUGGUUGAGUUGGAUACGCAAACAGCCAGUGAUGCUAAAGCCAUAUGUUGCCAAUAG